AUGAUUGACGAACAUGUGGCAUCAUGGCAAUUCUCACAAGCGUCAGACGAUCGACCGACGAGCAAAGGCACCGUGAUUGUCGAUUGGGAUGGCAGUGGGUAUCCCGCAAUUUCUUACCGAAGAAAGGCGACUGUGGUGGAAAAGGUUUUAGUGCCUCAGUUGGCACCCGCUCCCCUAAACUGCAAAGCUAGCAGCUUAGGAAAGGCGUAUGCAAAGCAGGGCCGCAGGAGUGCAGCGGCCUGUACGCAGAAAUCCCUACCAUCUCUGCCCACAGACGAACCAGUCUCUAAGCAAACUAAACGCAAGUCCUUGCCUGCCGGAACUUCUGGUCCUUUUGUGUGGCACGACUCUGUCGUUUCAGAAGCUUCCAAUCCAUCGCGACGCCAAGCUCAAUACUUCGCAGCUCCCCCAUCGAUUCAGUCACCAGUAGACCCUCAACACGCACAGUAUGCAACCGGAGAUGGCUUUACAGCUGACUAUCACCCACCUCGCUACUCCAAAACUCUAGACUCACUCCGCCGUCCCUAUAUAACAGGCUACGACCAGAUGACAAGUUUUAGAUAUGACUAUGAUGGGCAUAUCUUCCACGCGCAUCGUUCCCCAUCAAACUCCAUUUCGUCUCCCCGCUGGUCCGCGCAUUCAGAUUACUUCGGCGGUGAUGUGGAUGAAUAUGAUCCGCAAGCAGAAUUGCGUAUCGAAGAUAAGGAGCUUUUGUCUUUGUCGGCUGGGGAAGGCCGAAAAAGAUAUAGCGAAGGCGGCUAG